GCGGCGUUUCCGGCAGGCCCCGGCUGCUGAAAGCCGGGGCGCAGGUGUUGGGGGUCCGGGUCCGGGUUUCCGUCCCGGUCCCGCCGAGGCGCCGACUGCGGUAGGAGGAAGGACGUGUUGACUGCGCUGGCCCACCGCCGCUAUACAUUGGAGCCUUAUCUCAACUCAAAAUGAACUAUAUGCCCGGCACCGCCAGCCUCAUCGAGGACAUCGACAAAAAGCACUUGGUCCUGCUUCGAGAUGGAAGGACGCUUAUAGGCUUUUUAAGAAGCAUUGAUCAAUUUGCUAACUUAGUGCUACAUCAGACUGUGGAGCGUAUUCAUGUGGGCAAAAAAUACGGUGAUAUUCCUCGAGGGAUUUUUGUGGUCAGAGGAGAAAAUGUGGUCCUACUAGGAGAAAUAGACUUAGAAAAGGAGAGUGACACACCCCUCCAGCAAGUGUCUAUUGAAGAAAUCCUGGAAGAACAGAGGGUGGAACAGCAGACCAAGCUGGAAGCUGAGAAGCUGAAAGUCCAGGCCCUGAAGGAUCGAGGCCUGUCUAUCCCUCGAGCGGAUACUCUUGAUGAGUAUUAGGUCUUCUGCUCAGAGGCUGUUGCUCUUGGGGAGCAGGGGCUGUCACUGAGUUUAGUAACAGCCCGGUCGCCUCACUCAUUUGACGCGAGACUGUAGAGCUUUGAAAGUCAUUGUUAUUUUGAAUCCUUUCACACAUGCAACAUG